AUGAAUACGUUCAAAUGUGUCUUCAUGGGAUGCAAGAAAGUGUUUGACCCGCCACGCUGAAUCGCACGACAGUGAAAAUAUUAAAUGCGCUCAGUAUCCUAAAUCGUUUAUGCGUAAAGACAAUCACGAUACUCACGUUAAAGUUAUUAAUUUCGGAGGAAGGGUUGCUUUACCAGCUAUUGUUCCCGACGUGCGAGCAGGACCGUCAAAUAUCACUGCCGGACCGUCGAACGAACGUGCUAUGGACUACCGACGAGGAAAAUGACGAGCUGUUUAUGAAACUCGAUAUGGAUAUUUGCAACAACGAAGGUAAGAUUUCUUUUAUUAUGCUCCAUCACAUAGGAAAUAGCAGGGGAAUUAGUUUUAAUUUUUUUUUUCUUGCUGUUCCCGUAGGUGGAAAACGGGCACUCAAAGAAGAAAUCGCCGGUAGUGUGAAAAAAGCAAGGAUGGAAAUAGAUGAAACGCCUAGAUUCACCAAAAAGAACGAGACGUGUACUAAGGACGAGGAAGUGGAUUCUCCCUUCAGCAUAUAG